GGGGUGAUUUGCUUUUUUUAUUGAUAUUUUUGUCGGCAACACGCGCUCUCGCGCGCCGUGCAAAAGAGAGGGGGGCGCGCCGUGAGAUGUGUGCUUUCGGAGUACUGUGCUGCUGUGCUACUGUGGCUGUGGCUUUGCUACGGGUGCGCCUUGCCUCGCAUGUGGUCACAAAAUAUCCCACCCAUGCUUUCGCCCUUGUCCGGCGCCUCGCCGGGAGGCGACUGGACAGGAGGCGGUAGCAGGAGGGAGAAAGAGAGGACAUGGAUGCCACGGUUGUGGGUAAGCAUGCGCGCGCGCGCGCGCGCGCGUGCACCAAAGCAGCGCGUAAAACGGCACUUUCGGAUUGGUUUUUUCUUGUUUUGAAGCGGGGUGAGAGAACGGUCACGCAUGCGGGAACACAGCCGCCCGAUCGCCCCUCUUCUCUCGCUCUCGCUGAACGCCCUACUCCGCUGCUCGCGCCUGGCGUCCCUCGUGACCUCCUCCCUGGGAAGAGGCGCGACAGGGCCAGGGGUGGGGGGGGGGGACCACGGUGUGACCAGGUCAUUGGACAAGAGGCAGAGCGCACGGACUUGUGGCUAGUCUCCGUCUCUUGAGAGGGGGGAGAGGGGGAGAGAGAGAGAGAGAGAGAGGGAGGGAGAGAAGAAGGAAGUAGUCGGCUGGUUCAGACGGCGCGCGCGUGCCGCUCAAUCUCGAUCAAGUUCUGUGUUGAGCGAGGGGGGGGCACACACAGUGAAGGAACAGAAGGAGAGGACUUUGGUGGGGAGUAGGCGGAAGGGGGAUGGGCGUGGGGAGGCCGAUGGUUUGCAGGGGGAGGCGCGCGCGGGGUGGGCAUGGAGCAGGCACGAGGAUUGAGAGGCGAAAUAGUGGAAGGGGGGGAGGGGGGAUGACCGGUGAUGAAGAAUGGCAAUGGUCAUAUGUCCCCCUCUCCAUGCUUUCGUCCCAUACCACCUCGAUGGGUUUUUGCGCCGACAUCCCCCAUUGCAUGAUCUCUCUUUCCCACUUUGGACAAGACCAUCCGAGGGAGAGGGAUAUGCUGGGAGACGUGGCAUGGCUGCUGUGACGCCCCAGAUGACUGGACAUGGAGCGCCACAGCCUCCGGCCGGGCGCGCCGCCAGCCCUGUGUGUGCG